AUGGGUGUAGUCCCCAAAGACACACCAUUCGUGUGUAAUCAGAGCUGCAAAUCAGUGUGCCCUUUAGAUAUUGCUAAUUGUAAGGAAGACAGGUAUGUUGUAUUUAAAUUUGAUUCAUUAGUCAAAUAGUUAUUUGUUUCCAAAAUAACUAGUUUUGUUAGUGAAAAUUUUUAUUGUACCAAAUUUUUGACUGUGUAAUUUUUGGUUGUCGACCAGUUACCGGUAUAUAACAUAUAUACAUGCAAGCUGAAAUAAUUUGUGGAUUUACAACAAAUUUAUCAUAAUUAUGAGGCCUAAAGGCCCCAGUAAACUAUCAUUUUUGAAAAUUAAUUUACCGCAAAGGUCUUAAUUUAUUAGUGGGCCACUCAAACCCGACCUUUAUAUGUUUUCAAGUCUUAAGAACUAUCUGCCACAGACUAGACUAGCAGUAUGGUAUUUCAUUUUCCUUUUUUUUUUUUUCAUUUUAGUAAUAACUUCAGUUUACUGGUAACUUUACUUUUGAUUAUUAUUAGGAAAAAAACCUAAAAAAGCUGAUUGUUAAUGUUAACAAACAAAAGGAUGCACUAAAGAAGAAUGGAAUCACAGUGGAUGGAGUGCAUUAUGCUGUGAGAUUUAAAGGUAAGUUUCACAUAAUAAUUAAUAAGGUAUUUUUUAGUACCAUAAUUUUCAAUCCAAAUACCUGCAUGUACAUUGACCUGUUUUUAAAAAUUUAUAUCUACAGUUAUACAUGACCUGAAGGCCCUCAAUCUUUUGCUGGAACAAAUAGGGAAAGCGAACUUUCAGCUUGGGAAACGAGGAACUGAAGUAGAGUGUUGCUUUAUCUGCAAAGCAUUGAGGGUAUUUGUAUAUAUUCAAAAUCUCUGAGUCAAAAAAUUAUACUAUGCAGGAUUUGACCUUACCAAUGACCAACUUACCAAUACAUGCCAGUACUAAAUAGAUUUUCAGUUUUGCUGGGUAAAAUUUGUUAGUAAAAACUAGCUACAGGGCUGGUGAAUAAUAGCUAUUUUUUAUUGUUGCUUUAUUAGAAAUGUAAUUGCAAUCUUGGUCUGCGUACAGUUUGUUUGGAACACUUUAGCAUGUCCAAGGCCAAUUAUAUUGGAGGGUAAUUUACUUGUUGAGGCAUCGUAGCCCGUGAUUAUUCAUGAAUUUCAGCAUUAUUUUGUAGUUGUCAUUUUGAAUCCACAGUAACUUCUAAUUAUAAAAGGCAUUCAAAACAAGGUUAUCUCAAUACAGUUAACCUCUAUUUAAAAAAUUAAAUUCCCUGGUAUAGUGAGUUGAUCUCUUCAUCCCAGCAUUUAUAGCUUAAUUAAAGUAUGUUGUCUAUAAAAGACUAACUUUUUAUAUAGACCUUAUUUUAGCAAUAACAUUUUGUAAAUUAAGCCUUGCCUUUUGUAAAAGGGGAAGUUCCACUGGACAAACAUGGUGUUUAAUGCCCCUGUCUAUAUAAAAUGUUGGCAAUUAUCCUUGUCUUGUUUUCCUAGAGCACAUAUUAUUUUCCCAUAAUAAUAUAUCACAGUCUUCCUUAAUUUACUGUAGGUGUGUCAAUAUUGUAGGGGCACUGUCAUAAAAGACUGAAAACCUGUCGAGUAAAAUACUUGAGUUUGAAAUCUAUAAAACUGUUAAAUACCAGUCUUCAGGGGAGAUAUCCCCUACAACUAACAAAAUAAUGAAUCUUCUUUUUUCUAGUUUCAAAGGCAUCCGUGAUGACUUAGAGUUCCUUUUUGAAGAGGAUUUAUCGUCUAUUAAUCUCUGCGCCCUUCACUGUGAACUUAGAAAUACUGAACAGCUGUUGUCAUUGUUGGUUUUUUUUUGUACAAAGUGGGUUCACUUGAUGAAUGUGAUGCCGAAUUGGCAAAUUAUGGCCCUGAGAAUUUUAGCAGCAGAAUAA